AUGGCUGCUCCACUUUCCAACAGCUUCAAUCCCUGCACACAACUCAUUCCAAAUGUCAUUGACCACUAUGCCCGGGUCAAGCCAGAUGCUAUAUAUGCCGAGUAUCCGCUCUCCUCGAUGAGCUACGAAUAUGGGUACCGCGUGGUGACCUACAAGGCUCUAGCAAAUGCUAUUAACGGCAUUGCAAAGUGGUUGAUAGAAAGUCUGGGUCCUGGAAAUGGUGAAACUUUGACCUACGUGGGACCCAACGAUGUACGGUACCCGGCCUUGGUUCUAGGUUCCAUUAAAGCUGGCUACUGCAUGUUCCUUACAUCACCACGCAAUAGCGCAGCUGCUCAACGGAGUUUGCUCCAAAAGGUCGGCUGCAUCGCCUUGAUAUGCCCUACACCCCGACCAGCUCCUGCCAACGUUAUUUUGGAGGCAUGCCCACUCCAUGUACUUGAAGCUCCAAGCGUGGAUAAGCUGCUGAGUACGCAAUAUCCGGACUUUUCUUUUUCAAAGACCUGGCCAGAGGCGGCAGCAGAGACAUUAGUUGUUCUCCAUACAUCGGGGUCAACUGGAAUUCCAAAGCCGAUCUUCUGGACUCAUGAUACGGCAUCUAAGCACAUGGAGAUGCUGGUUCUUACCCCUCCGGAAGGUUACGAGAGCCAGGACCACUGGAAUUUUGGCAAGAGAAUGUACCUUGUUCCACCUCCCUUCCAUGCCGCUGGAGUGGCUUACUUGCAUUAUAUCGGAUUAUCGGUUGGCAUUUCACUAAUUGCUCCGACAUCUGGGGGCCUUCCUACGGCGGCUGCUCUGGUUGAAGCGAGAAAAAAGACCUCAUUCGAGACCGCUCUCGUUGUUCCUUCAAUUGUCCAGGAACUCGCACAAAGCCCUGAAUUACUGGACUACGUCAGUCAAAACCUGACGCAUCUUGUAUACUGUGGAGGAGACCUUCCACAGCAGGUUGGCGACGCGGUGGCUGCAAAAAUCAAGCUCGUCAAUCAGUACGGCGCCUCCGAGGUUGGGAUGAUUCCUUCGGUCCAUUCCAAAGCAAAUCGGGAUCCUCUAAAGGACUGGCGUUAUAUUGAAUUCCACCCUAGAAUGGGGGUAGAGCUUCAGCACGUAUCAGAUGGUGAGCACGAGCUGGUUGUGGUCCGCAGCCCGGAAUGUGAACCACAUCAGUUCUCAUUCACCAUCUUCCGCGAUAGACAGCAGUACCAUACCUCCGAUUUAUUUGUCCGGCACCCCGAUCCAGCUAAAAGAGACCUGUGGCGCUGGUGCGCCCGAGCGGAUGAUAUCAUAGUCUUGCUCAAUGGCGAGAAGACAAACCCUGUGUCAAUGGAACAGCAUAUUCUUGCAUCCACUCAAAAUGUAACAGCCGUGUUGGUCGCCGGCACGAGGCGAUUCCAGACCUCUCUUCUUGUUGAGCUCAAUAACAAAAAGCAUCUGAGUGUGAAUGAGCGCGCUGCCAUGAUUGAGGAACUCUGGCCUAGCAUUCAGGAGGCCAAUGCUGUUUGUCCGGCCCAUGCACGCAUUGCAAAAACUCAUAUCGUCUUUACUACUGUCGACAAGCCAAUGCUCCGGGCUGGAAAGGGUACCAUUCAGCGAGCCGGAACACUGGCACAGUACCACCCAGAGCUUGACAAAAUGUACGCGGAUGCGGACAAGUUGUCGGAUGAUGCUGCCAGUGACAAGUGUCCCGGUCGUAGUGAUGAUCCCGCUGUCAUUGCUCAGUAUAUUCGACAGUCGAUCUUGGAAAUAACAGAAUGGAAUGAAAAUCUUUCAGAUGCAGACAACUGGUUUUCCCUCGGGCUGGACUCCCUGCAAACAAUCACCACCACUCGUGUUCUAAGGCGGGGUCUCGGAAUCCUGACUCUUAGUCCAAACGUGGUCUACUUGCAUCCCACCGUCGAAGACUUGACCAAAGCGAUUAUUCUCUUGCAAUCUCAAAGAGAGCGCUCGGCUGAAGACUACAGAAAAGGUCAGUUAGAAGAGCGCGAGAAUUUACUGCAAGAACUCGUGGGGAAAAUCAACGUUCUUUCGAACGCCCCUGCUCUCACAACCACCACAGAGCAAAUUGUGAUCCUCACUGGCUCUACAGGUAGCCUAGGCGUCUAUUUGCUGGAUUCACUCUUGAAAAAUACGUCCGUGAAGCAUAUUCAUUGCCUAAAUCGUCGAGAUAACGCCAAGGAGGUGCAGACCCAGAAGAGCAAAGCCUGCAGCCUGCAGCUGGAUCACUCCCGUGUGAGCUUCUGGACUGCAGACCUUGCGGAACCUCAAUUCGGCCUUCAUUCCAUGGCCUUCCAGCAGCUACAACAGACAGUCACGCUGGUGAUUCAUAAUGCCUGGGCGGUCAAUUUCAACCUUUCCCUCAGCUCUUUCAAGCCGAAUCUGGAUGGCGUCGUAAACCUAGUCAACUUCUGCCUUCAAGCCUCACAUACCCCUCAUCUAUAUUUCAUAUCCUCCAUUAGCUCAACAAUGGGGUACAGCACGGAGAAUGGCCUCACUCCCGAGAAAGUGGUCACUAGCGCGCUGCCUGGACCUAACGGUUACGCCAAUAGCAAAUACUGUGCCGAGCACAUUCUCGCUGAGGUACCUGAGAAGAGUGCUGGGGCCCUCCAUCCCGGCUUUUCACGCGUUGGCCAGAUCGCAGGUCCCGUGCGGUCAAGUGGUUUAUGGAACAAAGCGGAGUGGUUCCCUAGUCUAGUCCUGAGCUCCCUGCACAUUGGAGCCCUCCCAGAUACACUCGGACCUGCUAUGGACCGUAUCGAUUGGAUGCCAAUCGAUCUACUUGCCGAAGUUCUGGUGGAGCUAGCAAUCACUAGCAGUGUCAAAUCAGACGAACCUAUGAGCGUGCACCACCCAGUGAACCUCAAUCCACUGAGUUGGAACAAUAUCAGACCAGCUGUGGUAGAAGCUCUGAAGCACUAUUCCGGUGAAACGGUCGAAACUGUUCCUUUCCGUGAAUGGCUGCAGCGUGUCCGACGGAAUGUCGAAGUUGGCGGAACCACUGGCGAUAAACAACUUGAGGGGCUUCUCGCGAAGAAUCCAGCUGCCAAGCUCUUAGAGUUCUUUGAGCAGAUCAUGUCUCAAUCCAAAGUUGAGAACGCACUAGACACGCAGCUAACGGCUCAACGCUGUGCGAAACUUCAUGCUGUGAGUGCAGUCAAGUCGGAGUGGAUCCAAAAAUGGGUUCGUGAGUGGUUGCAGUAG